UGUGACUGGCUUUACCCAUUGAUGGCCUCUGACUCCCCAGUCCUGCUGUGCAACACGGGAGUCUACAUGUUCCCUGACAUGAUGGCUCCCACCCCGGGCUCGUAUGUUGGGGUGGUCCUUUCUUCCGAGCUUCCCCAGAAGGAACGCGAACUCUUCCAGAGUGUUCUUUCUCAGCUGACUGACCUGCGUGUCCAGGUGAGCUGUCCCUGUGUCCCCUCGGGUCCCACCUCAGAAACACAGGGGUCAGCUGUGGCUUCAGAGCAGAUUUCAGGUGUAUUUGAGAGUUUAAAAGAUUUAUUUACGGCAUCAGAUGGCGCAACCGAUACCAUUAACCUGGGUCAGAAGGUGCCGAUGGGGCCUCCUGCAGCUGAAGCAGCACCCCCUGCUGCUGAGGAGGAGAAUGUACUUCCUGAAUGGAGCGAGAAGGUGGCUCAAGGGAUCCUGACUGGGGCUUCAUGGCUGAGCUGGGGGUUGGUGAAGGGGGCUGAGUAUACAGGGAAAGCCAUACAUAAAGGUGCAUCCAAACUACGAGAGCACAUCACACCAGAGGACAAACAAGCCCAAGUCAGCCCCACAGUUACCAAAAGCCUCCAUGUGGCCAAACAGGCCACAGGAGGAGCAGUGAAGGUCAGCCAGUUCCUUGUGGAUGGACUGUGCACAGUCGCUGCACAUGUUGGCCGAGAGUUGGCACCCCAUGUAAAGAAACAUGGAGGGAAGCUUAUCCCAGAGUCUCUGAAGAAAGACAAGGAUGGACGCUCCAAUAUUGAUGGUGCCAUGGUGGUUGCAGCAAGUGGAUUUCAAGGUGAAGUAAAUCAUUCCACUCAGAAAUGAUUAUUUUCUUGGCUG